GAUGGCCGCAUCCAUCUCUGUAUCGCCUGCCGCAACGCUCAGAAGAGCGAAGCCACGCGAGACGUCAUCCUGGCCACCCACCCCGCCGCCGAGGUCUCUACGGUGGAAGUGGACCUGGGUAACCUGGCUUCCAUCCUGUGUGUCGCCCGUGAGCUCCGCUGCAGGUUUCAACGCCUGGAUUUUGUCUACCUCAACGCUGGGAUCAUGCCCAACCCACACGUGAACUUCAAGGCACUCUGGCAUGGGCUCCGCACUGGGAGGGUGCUUCACAUGCUGACCACCGCGGAAGGCAUAAUGACCCAGACCGACAGGCUUAACGGAGAUGGACUGCAGGAGGUGUUUGCUACCAACCUCUUUGGACACUUUAUCCUGGUUCGUCAACUUGAGUCUCUACUCUGCGGUAGCGAAAAGCCCUCGCGACUCAUCUGGACCUCUUCCAGCAAUGCCAGGGAGUCUGCCUUCAGCCUCUCUGACUAUCAGCAUGCCAAGGGGCAGGAAUCAUACAGUUCCUCCAAAUAUGCUACUGACCUGACAAGUGUGGUUCUGAAUAGGAAAUUUAAUAAGCAGGGUCUGUAUUCCAGUGUGGUUUGUCCUGGGCUUGUUAUGUCCAACAUGACCUACAGGAUUUUGCCAGUUUUUCUGUGGAAGCUGCUGAUGCCCAUCAUGUGGUUGAUCCGCUUUUUUGCCAAAACUUACACUCUGACACCAUAUAAUGGAGCAGAAGCUCACGUGUGGCUGUUCAAGCAGAAGCCGGAGUACCUGGAUGCACUUGUCAAAUACCACAGCUGCUGUUCUGGGCUGGGGAAGAGCUACGUGGAGCCCAGAAAGAUGGAUGUGGAUGAAGAAACUGCUGAGAAAUUUUACCAAAAGCUGUUGGAGCUGGAGAAGGAGACUCUGGAGAGAUACAGUGAUCUCCUAGAUUAAUUAAAGCCAGUCUCAGUGGGUUAAUUCUUGUAUCGGUAACAUGGACGUUCUUCAUUCUGGUGCUACUUGUGAUGCCUGCUGUUCUGCAGGCA